CGUAUAUACAGAGAUGAUAAGUUCGAGGAUCGCAUUAAGCACACUCUUUAGUAUAUAUUACAGGGCGUAUGCUGUAGAUUACAUCAAGUGCAUAAAGUAUAAACAAAAACUAAGUUCUCCUUCUUUAGUAUUUUAGACGCAAUUAAAAAUGGCAGAUGUAAAUGCAAUUGUUCGGCCGGCAGAAAGAUCAGAUUGCGAAGCAAUAAAAGCUCUAAUACAGGAAUUAGCCAACUUUAAUAAACUACCAGAUGGCCCGAAAAUGAGUUACCAAGAUCUUGUAAGAGAUGGAUUUGAUACCUCCCCACCUUUGUUUACAAGUUAUGUGGCAACAGUUCAGGGAAAAGUAGUUGGUUAUGCUUUAUUUUUCUAUAUUUAUUCAACAUGGCAGGGAAAAGCCUUGUUUUUAGAGGAUCUCUAUGUAUGUGAAGAAUAUAGAAAGAGGGGUAUUGGAGGUUUGCUUUUUGACAAUGUUGUGGAGUUUGCAGUAAAAAAUGAUUGUUGCAAGUUGGACUUUACCGUUUAUAAUUGGAAUAAUUCAGCUCAGAAAUUUUAUUUAGGAAAAGGAGCAGCUGAUAUUACAGUAUCAAAUAAUUGGCAUUGUUAUAGAAUGGAGAAGGAAGCGUUGCUAAAUUUAUGUAGUAAAUUAAAAAAGUUAAAAAUGAUGCAAGAAAAAAAAUAUCCUUACGGCAGGGGAAAAAUGGCAGAUGUAAAUGCAAUUGUUCGGCCGGCAGAAAGAUCAGAUUGCGAAGCAAUAAAAGCUCUAAUACAGGAAUUAGCCAACUUUGAAAAACAACCGGAUGGCCCGAAAAUCAGUUACCAAGAUCUUGUAAGAGAUGGAUUUGAUACCUCCCCACCUUUGUUUACAAGUUAUGUGGCAACAGUUCAGGAGAAAGUAGUUGGAUAUGCUAUUUUUUAUUAUGUUUAUUCAACCUGGAAGGGAAAAGCCUUAUUUUUGGAGGAUCUCUACGUAUGUGAAGAAUAUAGAAACAAGGGUAUUGGAGGUUUACUUUUCGACACUGUUGUGCAGUUUGCAGUAAAAAACGAUUGUUGCAAGUUGGACUUUUCCGUUUUAAGUUGGAAUCCAGCUCAAAAAUUUUAUUCAAGAAAAGGAGCAGCUGAUAUCACAGUAUCAAAUGAUUGGCAUUGUUAUAGAAUGGAGAAGCAAGCAUUGCUAAAUUUAUGUAGUAAAUUAAAAAAGUAAAUUUUAUGUUGAACUUUGCAUUGUUUAACAUAAUUAUUAUUACUAUGUUCAACAGUAUUCUGCAUACAUUGCUUGUUUUGUAUUCUUUUUAAUUAAAAUAUCUCCUAAAAUAAA